GUUCCCCACUCGGGUCACUCUCUGCUCCGAUCCUCCGUUGCGCAUCUAUCCUUCUAACUUCCCCUCCGUCGCCUUCGCUCCGCAUCCGUCCGACCGUGGUCAGCUUCAACUGCGCGCACCGGCCAGGCGGCUAAACCCUACCGUGCGCCGCCAUGGACUCGGCGGUGCUCUCACUCACCUGCGCGGGCCUCGGCGCCUCGCAGGAGGACGAGGACGGGGCCGUCAUCGGCUACGCCAAGAGCGACCACUGCUUAGAUAAUCUGAAGGAUCUGCAGAGAUUCCUGCGACGGGACGACCCGCAGCGGCGGGAGGUUUUCAAGCAGGUCUGCAAGUGGAAGAUUGCGUCGAGGGAUCUGGUGCCCAUCAUCGAGAAUUACCAGGCCGACCGCAAUCUUGUCAUCACUGCAAUGAAAGUAUUGGUGUUCCUUACAAUGCCUGUGGAGCCCUCGUCUGAGGAUGUUGCACAACAGAUAGAGUAUCUGUGGGAUUUGAAGGCUGCACUGACACGCAAUGUUGCAGUGACUGUCAUUGUGUCUCUUCUUGAGGACCCAUUGGAUCGUUUGGAAAGAACUUUAUUCUCAGAAGAUGACUGGAAGUUAGUUCAGUUGGUGCUUACUUUGUUCCGCAACGUCUUGGCUAUUCAAGAAAUCACAUUGACGCAGAAAGCAUCUGGAGAAGCUACCCACUUACUCUUCCUGUCUGAUAACUUUUUGGAGCUCAUGUUCCAAGAGAAUGUGAUGGACAUAAUCUUAGUUUUGACUCAGCAUAUUGAUGAGCCCUCUGGUUACCUUAAGGAGGAAAACCUUCUUUUAAUGGAGAUUUACCAUUAUCUCUUCUUAGGCCGAGACCCAGGACUGAUUGCCCGAGCUUCUAAUAAAGGUUUAAAGGAUCGUGUUAACGGAGAUAUUGUUUCAUCAGUUGAUUCAUUGAGAUUGAUGAUGGAAGAGGAAGAAAGGAAAAAAAGAAUGUUCAGGCAAUUGAACUCAGAACAUAGCUCGCUUAGUGGGACUUUUACGUGCUUUUCUGUGGAUGGAUCUAAAUCAUUGUGCAAAGGGAACCCAAGCUCUGCAUCUGCUAAUAGCCUCUUGAAAAUACGUAAUGUCCAAAGAGGACCUCAGAAACGGAUAGCCUGGGACAAUGAACUUCUGUACGUACCAAAGGAGGGUAUUACAGAAAUGCUUAGAAGCUUCAUGGAUCAAUUUUUAUCUGGAGCAUACAAUAUCCUGAUGCAGUCAGUCUGUGGUGAUAUCAUGGAUGAGCACCACUCCAUUGAGAAAUCUGACAUAACUACAUUCUUCAAAGUUGCUCGGUUUGUUCUAGCUUUUCAACAUGAAAAGGCUUCAAAUGAUCAGAAAUCUGCUAAAGGGAUUCAACCAUCUGGGGUUUCUCCUAGCAAUGAACCUGAUGAUAAUCUGCCAUUUCAUGGUGAUAUAUGUGGACCUGUUGCGGCCACGUUGAAUGAAGAUAUGUUCAAUAUAGUCAUUUCCAGGUGGCGUGAGACGUAUGAGGCUCUUAAGGAAACUAACGACUACAAAACUCUUUCAGCAGCUGGGUCUUUAAUGAAGAACAUGAUUGACAUGAUAUAUUUGGUGCUAAAAGUACUCCCUGAAGAUUCAAGGGAAUCUCAAACAGCUCGUGUUUUGCUCUAUAAACUGUUUUAUGAUCAGACAGAACAUGGUCUCACUCAAUUUCUGCUGAACUUGUUCAGAUCGUUUGAUAGUCACAAGCAACCCAAAAGUGAUCUAGUGGAUUUAUUAGAAACAAUUCAUAUCAUGCUACAGCUCAUGGAAAAGCUUCAAGCACGUGGUGCAUUAAGGGUUGCAAAAAAGACAAAAAAGGUCAGAAGAAAGAAGUCCACAAAUGAUAAAAAGGAGAAUUCAGAACCCAAAGUGGAUAAUGCAGAACCAAACGAUGCUAAUCCUACAGAUGGAACGAAAUGCUCACCUGAAACACUUCCAGAUUUGAGAAGCGAGGGUCCUGCUUUAGAAUCUUCUCCCUCAGAACCUGGAAAAGUAGACACUAGUGGCGCACAUGUACUGGAUACACUUGUGGACACUGUAGUUAACAUUGAGAGUACCGCACAUGCUGAAGGUGACCCAUCUUGCACAGACAGUGGCGUAAUGAAGAGAAAUCUCAUUGAAGAAGAGGGUGAGACUUCAGAUUCUUCAGUUGAUCACCAACCUGCUACAAGUGAAGUUGAUUUUAAUGUUUCUCGGUUAAUAUCUAGUCUUGCAAACAAUUCUGUUGUGCAAAAUAUUUGCUGGCUGUUGAAGCAUUACAAAAGUAACUCCUACCGUACAAACCAUUACAUAAUAUGCAUGCUACGGAGAUUCUGUGAAGACCUAGAGCUGUCACCGAUGCUGUAUCAGCUAUCACUUUUAACAACUUUCUAUGAUAUAUUAGCGGAACAAAAGUUGUCUAGUUCAAAGGAGUACACAAACAUUGUAAAUUUUCUUUCUAAAGUUGUGAGGAAAAUGUUGAGAACAAUAAAAAAACAGCCACUGCUAUUUGUCGACAUACUAUUUUGGAAGACGCGAAAGGAGUGUCAUUGCAUUGAUGCUGAUGCACUACUGAAUGAGCUUAAGAAUGAUGUUGGAAGCAAAGACAGUGAAAUUGGUUCAAGUAAGGGGUGGAGAGAUCGAAUAAAUAUAGCAGAUUCUCUUGGUGACGAUGAAGUUGACGUAGUUAUACCGCAGGCACCUUAUGAUGCUGAUAAGGAUGGAGAUCUAUCAGCUGGUGAACAUACUGAUGACUUUAGGAAGAGUAGUACUAAAUAUAAACGGAGCAGAUUGUCACUUUCAGAUAGUGAGGCUGAUGAAAUCGAGAGGAACCAUGUAUCAAGAGAUUCGGUGCCCAAAGUUCCAAAACGACGAGGUCGUUCUCUUUUUACGGAAGAGCAAGAGAGGCUCAUAAGAGACCUUUAUGAAAAAUAUAAGGAUGGUCCUAAAUGCAGUCAUAUAAUAGCUGAGUCUUUAGACCCCAGCGGGAAGAUAUCUUCUGCUCAAGUUUCUCGUAAGCUUACACAGUUAGGUCUCAGGAAUGUCACAAGGAGAAAAAAGGUUGCAGGUGAAUCUCUUUCAACUGGAGAUCGGACUAUAGAACAACAAGACAACUCGCUUGAUGAUCUGAACCCCAUGCUAGGCGAACAGAACCAUGGCUCCAAGGCUAAAAGCUCCAGGCCCAGAAGGAAAAAAUUACACACGGCAAGUGAUGACCAUGAUGACACAAGUCAGAGAAAAUCAUCUGAUGAAGACACAUUACAAGUACUUAAAAGCAGAUCAAAAAGUAAGAAAGUUCCAUUGGUGGAUAGUUCACUGAGUGGAUCACAGCAUCAAGAAGCUCAGCAUGACCCAGACUCUGAUGAUGCGACCAUAGGAUCCAUGAUUAGAAGUAGAAAAAAGAAGAGGUUAUCCACGUCAGAUUUUGAAGGGAAUGUACGAAACCAUCAAGAAUCUUCAGACAACACCAAAGCCAAGGACUGUUCACCGAUUAUAUCCCAACAUGAGAAAGCAUUGCAAGACAUUUAUCCUGAUGAUGAGACCAUUGGAUCCAUCAUUAGAAGUGUGAAAAAGAAGAGAUCAGUGACAUCAAAUUUCUCAGCGAAUAUAGAAGCCCAAGAGUCUUUGAGAAAUAUUAACCUACAAGAUGAAACUGUUGUUUCUAAUAUCAUGGAUGCUUCUGUAAAUCAUGGGUCUGAUCCAGUCAAUAACAGUGACAAUACUGUUGAAGAUGAACUUUUGGAUGAUUUUGAAACUGAGCUAGUCAAUAACGGUGGCAAUACUGUUGAAGCUGAACUUUUGGAUGAUUUUGAAGUUGAGCUAGAUGAUCAUGAGCAUACUGACCAAAGGAUCACUGAUGAUGAAAUUAUGACUGAAUCAGGGAAAGCAACAAACUCCGAUGCUAAGGGAAGGGCUGGUUUGAAAAGAAGACACAGAAUGGUUAUUGACGAUGAGGAUGAUGAUUAGUAACUGUUCAGGACUGAAGAACCCGUAACUAUUGAGGAGUGGAGUUUCAAAUGGGAAAUGGGAUUAAAAAAAGAACUUUUCAGGAUUGUUUCCCUUGCACUGCUAAGCUCUGAGCACGAUUCAAGCUGUUUCACACCUACUAGUGCCAGAUGUUCUUCCAUCUGUAAUGUUUAGUGGGGUCACAAUCUAAUGGAAUUUUGCAGAUGCAAAGUUCAGGCUGCCCUGCUGUGUGGCCUGCUGUACAGACUGAUAAUUUCGAGUACUGUUUUUUUUGAAAUGAAAUACUGUAGAGAAGCC